UCCCAAACUGAUGUGCCAAGUGCCAGUUCAGGCCAAAGAGAUGUGCCAAGUUCCAGUAGAGUAAGCUCACCUGCUGCUCAGUCUGGAAGAGAUGUCCCAAGAGUAAGUUCAGGAGUCUCUCCUAUUGCUCAGUCUGGUAGAGAUGUUCCAAGUGUCAGUUCAGGCCAGAGAGAUGUUCCAAGUGUCAGUUCAGGCCAGAGAGAUGUUCCAAGUGUCAGUUCAGGCCAGAGAGAAGUUCCAAGUGCCAGUCUAGGCCGAAGAGAUGUUCCAAGUUCCAGUUCAGGCUGCAGAGAUGUUCCAGAUGUCAGUUUAAGUCAUAAAGAUGCCCCGAGUGUCAGUUCAGAAAGGUCUUAUGUUGCUCAGUCUGGUCGAGACGUCCCAGGUGUCACUCCAGGAAGCUCUCAAGUUGCACAGGCUGUACAGUUAGCACUAAAAUAUGGGAAACCUUUAUCUCCAAGAUUUGGUGGACGUAGAAGUGGAGCUGCCAUACCGAAUAUCCCAUCAAGACGAAAAUUAUUACAGAUUCCAGAAGAAACAGCAUUACAAGAGCAGCCUACAGUGGUAGAGGAACAGUCUGGUAGAGAUGUCCCAGGUGUCAGUUCUGGCCGAGAUGUCCCCCAUGUCAGUUCACAGCCCAGAGAUGUCCCAGGUGUCACUUCUAGCCGAGAUGUCCCCCAUGUCAGCUCACAGCCUAGAGAUGUCCCAGGUGUCAGUUCUGGUCGAGACGUCCCACAUGUCAGCUCACAGCCUAGAGAUGUCCCAAGUGUCAGUUCAGGAGUCUCUCGUGUUGCACAGUCUGGUCGAGAUGCCCCAGGUGUCAGCACAGGAAGUUCUUGCAUUGCUGAGGAUCUGCCUAGAGAAAUCCCCCCUUCAGCAGAACCUCCCCUAAGACCCACAAUUGAACUUGAAAGAGCUCAGACAACAAGCAAGGAGCACUUUCUUCCCAAGUACUGGAAAAACGUUAUGGCUGCCAGAGAUAUGGGGUGGAUAUCUGACAGGUUGUACACAUCCACGGGUGUGAUCAGAAUUGAUCAACUAGACUGUUGGCAGCACCCACCACAGCCUCGUCUUCUGUCACCCGGAAAUUACGGUGCACCUAAUCCUGACUCAUACUUUUUGCAAAAGAUGUUUGUUUGGUCACCGGGUCUGGUCGAGAUGCCCCAGGUGUCAGCACAGGAAGUUCUUGCAUUGCUGAGGAUCUGCCUAGAGAAAUCCUCCCUUCAGCAGAACCUCCCCUAA